AUUUACUUCAUAAAUAUUUUAAAAAUCUUGUAGGGAAAAAAAUGGUGGUAAAUGAUUUUUAUUGGCCGUGAUUUUUUCAUUUUUCUUGGAAUUUUGGAGGCUCACUCGGAAACCCCAAUUCCACAAUCGAUCCUGACGAUCGAGUGAAUUGACUCGAUGUGUGAGUGAUGUAGUCCUGCAGGCGAAUCAUGUAUACUCAUAUAUACAUGUAUACAUAUUUGAUCAGUCUUUGCAUUUGGAAAUUUGACGUCACUGUUCAGCACCCCUUCGGGGAUUCUGCGAGUGAUCCAAUGUACCUACGAUAAUUGAAAAAUGGAAAAGACAUCAUCGGUUUGUGGAUAAUUAAAAGUGAGGAAAUUCAGAACACGUGUGUGAAUUCAUUAUGAUCAGCAGUUCAGUGCUAAUUGUUUAUUUGAAAAUUCGUCACACCGGUGUUACUGUAUUAUAGUUGAGUUCAACAAGGUUGAAAUUUUACAGUGUCCCCUGAUCUCUGCUGAUUCGUUUCUUCAAAGAAGUGAAACUUGUUCGUAAAUCAUGAUCCAUUGCUGCAUAUCCCCGUUUGAAUUCAUACGAAGAAGGUCUCUCAAUAUGUCAUUUGAGGUCGUCAAUUGUGGCAACGAAAAGUUAUCUUCCCAACGAAAAUUAUCCUGAAAGACAGCCUCACCUCACAGAUAAAUUUCCAAAGUAAUAACGUCAUAUUUGACUUGAAUUAAACUUCGACGAUUCACACCAAAAUUCCCUUGUCGAGAAAUGUGAACCAAGGAGAAGAAGACAGAGUACACAGGACCUAGAUAAAUAACCAUUGAUAAAUACUUGGAAGAGAUGUCCUCCGUGAGUUCGAGUAGUGCAGAAGAGGAGGACUCUGAGAAUGUUGAUGGAAAUAGCAGGUGGUGCACUGUCAACGAUAGUCAGUCAAUCAGAUAUUUACAAUUGGAAAGAUUGUGGUUAAGGAGCCACAGUGCUCUUUGUAACACUAAAUCAAUCAAUGACAAUAAUUAUUUUGGAAGAAAAUAGUGUCAACGGUUGAAUCUAUUCACGUUAUUAUAUCCUGAGUAAAUUAUCGCGUGCAGCAAUGUGUCAUGCGAUAGUAAACAAGUGAAACACGCACAUCAAUGAUGAGGUGACAAUGGAAAGUGGUUGUUGUUUCGAUUUUUAAGGAUGAAAGGACAAUAUAUGUGUUAAUUUAUUAGUUUUUAUUUUGAUCGAUGUUACAAAAAACGGAGAUAAGUGGGGAAAGGAUUUUUCGAUGAAUAGUUGAGUGAUACGGAUAUGGAAAAUUACUUUUUUUAUAUUGAGACUUUCGGUGCAUUGAAAAAACGAGGGAGAUAUAAGGGAUGGGUUUUGGUCAAUGAUGAAGACAAUCAUGGAGGUGAUUGUAAAGUAAUUUUGUGGAAAAUUGGUGAAUCAAGUAAACGAGGUGUUUAACCAGUGGAUGUUUCAUUGUUUGUGUAAUGUGACGCGCUGGCUAGGAUAAUGCCAUCGUGACAAUGCCGCGAUGUGACGAGGAUUUGGUCCAGUGAGGAAACAGUCGUUAUCGAGGAGGGUAGCGCUGUGAUUCGGAUUCAAAGGAAUCGGUGAGUUGUCAGUAGAUGCUGACUGGUGGAGGUAGGCUGGCGGACAGCUUAAAUUAUUAAAAGUGUGGAAGGAUGCCAGGCGGCCGUAGGGGCCUGGUAGCCCCUCAAAAUACCUUCUUGGAGAAUAUUAUAAGACGGAGCAGUAGCCAACCGGACAGUAGUUUCCUCCUUGCCAAUGCUCAGAUUGUUGACUUUCCAAUUGUUUAUUGCAAUGAGAGCUUUUGUAAAAUAUCUGGAUACAAUCGCGCAGAGGUGAUGCAAAAGUCAUGUCGUUGUGGCUUCAUGUACGGUGAGCUGACUGAUAAGGAAACAAUAGCAAGGAUAGAAGAGUGCCUUGAGGGACAAAUACACGAUCAAUUCGAGAUACUACUCUACAAGAAGAACAAAACUCCACUAUGGCUUCUCCUGCAAAUAGCACCGAUCAAGAACGAGAGGGAUCUCGUUGUCCUUUUUUUGCUGACAUUCAGGGAUAUUACUGCCUUGAAGCAGCCGAUAGAAACCGACGACAGCAAGGGUGGACUCUCCAAGUUUGCCAAACUUGCGAGGUCUGUUACCAGAUCCAGAUCUGUUCUUGUUUCCCAGUUCAGCUCACACCUGCCAGCCUUGAAAGAUACAACGCUACCUACUGCGGCCAAACAGUCCCAUCUUGCACAUUACCAAUCUGCCCAGAUGAUGUCCCUGAGCGGCGAUGUGAUGCCUCAGUAUCGCCAAGAAGCACCAAAGACACCACCUCACAUACUCCUCCACUACUGUGCAUUCAAAGCAAUUUGGGACUGGAUUAUUCUGUGUUUAACAUUCUAUACCGCCAUAAUGGUACCAUACAAUGUGGCCUUCAAGAACAAAACCAGCGAAGACGUGUCGCUGCUAGUUGUUGAUAGUAUCGUCGAUGUUAUAUUUUUCAUUGACAUCGUCCUAAACUUUCAUACGACCUUCGUGGGUGCUGGUGGUGAAGUUGUAUCCGAUCCAAAAGUCAUCAGAAUGAAUUACCUGAAAUCGUGGUUCCUCAUAGAUCUCCUCAGCUGUUUACCUUACGAUGUUUUCAAUGCCUUUGAUCACGACGAGGAUGGCAUUGGUAGUUUGUUUUCAGCACUGAAGGUUGUCAGAUUGCUGCGACUGGGACGGGUCGUACGUAAACUAGAUCGCUACCUCGAAUAUGGUGCUGCUAUGCUUAUACUACUCCUGUGCUUCUACAUGCUGGUGGCCCACUGGCUUGCCUGUGUCUGGUAUGUCAUAUUAAGGUACUCAAUAGGCAGGUCGGACGCUGAUGGUGGCGUUCAAUACUCGUGGCUGUGGAAGUUGGCAAAUGUUACCCAAUCGCCAUACAGCUACCUGUGGACCAACUCUAGUACUGUGCCUGAGCUCGUUGCUGGGCCGUCAAGAAGGACUAUGUAUGUCACAGCUUUGUAUUUCACUAUGACGUGUAUGACAUCGGUGGGAUUUGGUAAUGUCGCGGCUGAGACGGAUAAUGAGAAAAUCUUCACCAUUUGCAUGAUGAUAAUUGCUGCCUUGCUGUAUGCUACAAUAUUCGGUCACGUCACAACGAUAAUCCAGCAGAUGACGUCUGCGACGGCAAAGUACCACGACAUGCUAAAUAACGUUCGUGAAUUCAUGAAGCUUCAUGAAGUGCCAAAGGCCCUCAGUGAACGCGUCAUGGAUUAUGUUGUAAGCACAUGGGCUAUGACCAAAGGCCUCGACACAGACAAAGUACUGAAUUAUUGUCCAAAAGACAUGAAAGCCGACAUUUGUGUGCAUCUCAAUCGUAAAGUUUUCAAUGAGCAUCCUGCUUUCAGACUGGCCUCGGAUGGUUGUCUACGAGCCCUGGCAAUGCACUUUACGAUGUCCCACAGUGCACCGGGAGACUUACUGUACCACACAGGGGAGUCAAUCGACUCACUCUGCUUCAUCGUCACGGGUAGCCUGGAGGUCAUCCAGGACGACGAAGUAGUUGCAAUUCUCGGCAAAGGAGAUGUAUUCGGUGAUAGUUUUUGGAAAGACUCAGCAGUGGGUCAGAGUGCAGCAAAUGUUCGUGCGUUAACAUACUGUGAUCUUCACACCAUCAAACGAGAUAGACUACUGGAAGUGCUGGACUUUUAUCAGGCCUUCGCUAAUUCAUUUGCAAGAAACCUCGUUCUCACUUACAACUUGAGGCACAGGCUCAUAUUUCGAAAAGUCGCGGAUGUUCGAAGGGAGAAAGAACUGGCAGAGCGUCGAAAAAAUGAGCCACAGCUAGACCAAACCCAGGAUCAUCUCGUUCGGAAAAUAUUCUCGAGGUUCAAGACAGACGGGGAUUCCCAGUUUGGCUCACCUCGGCAUCUGCCUGAUUAUCAUCCGCCACAGGAUUCAGACGAGGAGCUCACCGUCAACGUUCUACCACCCUGGCCAAGUUUUAGAUUCCGGAGGGAGAGACAUCCUACGGAUAUAGAGAAGGGCGAUGGUAAGGAUGGAAAGGACGGAGAUAUCGUACACGCUAGAAAACCAUCCUCUGGCGAUAUCGAGACGGUUAUUCGACCACGAGCGAGUAAAUGGGGCCGUCUACUUGGAAGUUCGAGCCUGGAUUCGGGAAGUGAAACCGGAACAGGCACGGACACCUUCAAACGGACCCUGAGUGCCCGUGAUUCUCGUCCCUCGUCCUCCGUCAGUAUGAAUAAGGUCUUCCCGAAACUCUCCAAACUGAGUGGCACCAUCGAAGAAGUACAAGACCCCGAACCACCUAAGGAACCACCAAGCACAACCCUAGCCAUAGAGUCCAAGCAGCUCUCUCUGCGUCGUCUAGAGUCGUACGAUGGAGGCUUGAUCACCUCCCAGCCCGGCCAGGACCGGGAGAUUCUCGCAGCAGUCCUUGAAGUCAAGGUUGACCUGAAGUUAGAAGUUCAGCGGGUGAAUCAGAGACUAGCAAAGCUGGAGGACAUGUUACAAAGUGUUAUCAGCCGAUUGCCUCCAAUACCACCAAUUGGCACGACUCCAGCUCGUCCGGGGAAUCUCCUCAUCUCGGGUAACAGUGCCAAUGACGCAGGCACUCAAACAUCACCAGAUCAAAAGCCUCUAGCGAUCUCCAGCGAUCCCAGAGAACCACAUGAAAGAAUGCCAGCGAAAGAACUCCCUCAGCAUCAUCAUCACCGUCACCAUCACCACCAUACAGACCAAAAAACCGAGAAGGCUAAGGAGCCAGUGACUCCGGGAGGCGACUACACAUCGAGAGAUGUCUCCAAAGAACUCCUGGAACGUUUGACUCAAGCCUCAACGUCUCGAGAUGAUUCCACAGCCCUGGGUCCUCUGAUUCUUCGUAAACGACGAAGUAAAUCGCGAAAUAAAGGUGCUGCACCCUUAGCUCCUCUCGCACCUCUAGCUACUCAGCCCAUUUCACCCACUGACGCUACAGAAACAACACAAAUGUUAGAGUGCGAGGAACGCGACACUGGCGGCGAUAGAAGUGAAAGAACUGAAAGGGAAAAAAAGCGACCGCCCCCAAGGCCUCGAGAAUACUUGUGAAAAUUUCAAGAUAUUUAGGACAUUGUGCUUCGGACAUUUAUAGAACUAAGGUAUCUUUUAGUAUUUAUCCAUUGUUGCAUCAUUACGUAUAUAAGAUUCAUUGUUUUAUUUGCGCUUUUAUUAUGAAAAAAUCUAACUACAAGACUAAAAUUUGCAAGUGGCUGUGUUACGGUGGAGUUUAAGGGACUUUGUUAUAGAGAAUCUUAAGGAGAAUUUUGAGAUGAUAAAUGAAGAAUAUCUAAGAUAUGUUAUGACAGAUAGAUAUGUGAUCAAUUCUGUGGGAAAAUGGUGAAAUGAUAAAUAUGAAAUAGAUUACUUUCCAUUUAUCAGCAGUUCAGUUUUUUUGCAAAAGGCUGGUAAAUUCGUCAAAAAAUAAUUGCUUUUUGCUCUUGCAAUUAUUUAUUUGACUAACGGAUGUCUCUCUGAUUACAGACGUAUCUCCUUAAUCACAAUUGAAGCGCCCUGGCGAUUAUUUCAAGCAUAUUCAUACGCGGAGCUUUUUAGGGGCACAGGAGUAUCGUAGGAAUGAGAAUUAAAUUGCGUCACGUUAUCAUUGUCGCCCGAAAUCUUGAAUGGCUCAAAUAGAAAUUGUUUUUUGGCGGCAACGAACGUUCUUGACCAAAUCCACCGGUUUUUUUUUUGUACGAAAUGUUCUGAAUUACAAGGAAAAUCUUUCAACGGUAUUCUUACAGUGCUCUCGACAAAAAAUUGACUCAAAUUGUUCCUCUCGUAAAUUUUCACUAUUUUGCUGCAGAAUUGAUAACGAAAAAGCUCCGUAUGGGAGGGUAGUUUAGUAAAAUAUCAAUCACGAAGGAGGGAUCGCAAGGAGGAUAUUGAGAUACUUGUGAUUUAAUCUUAAGACAAUUUUAAAUACGAAAAAUUUGCGGAAUGAGAAAUGUCUUCAUCUAUUUCUAUGCAUCUUUUAGGCUCUGCAAUGAAGGAUCAUAAAAAUAAUUAGCAAAUUAAGAUGCGAAAAAAAUGAUGGAGAAAAUUUUAAUGCAAUAUUGGAUUGAGGAUGGAUAUCGUGUAUAAAAACAGCCAAACAGCAAUAUUAGAUGUAUAUAAUAUACAUAAUGUAAUAAAUUGUACAUAUAGUACAAUAUAAAUAUAUAUAAGGCAGUGCGUGGGAUGAAAAUAUGUGAGUUAGUAGUAGGGGAGAAUGGGGCAAAAUGAAUUUUUUUACUGACAUUCCAGGGGGAUAGUAGUUGGCAUUACAUCGAUGGAUUCAGAACACAAAUGUAAUUUCUGUUAUCAAGAAAAUGCUACUAUUAUAUAUAGUAGUAUUUAUCAAAUGUCAUAUUAUGAACGCAUUGAUAAUCAAAUCACCGUGUCGAGCCUUCCGAUUUUAAUAAUCGACUUUACUUGACGAAACUUGGCUCAAAUGGAUUUUUUUCCCAUCCAAAGCCACAUGAUUGAUCAUGUGAAAAAUAGUUUAAUGCCCUCAAUUAUAAAACUUCGCCAUUGAUAUUCACAAGGAUGAGAGUCAGCGGCUGAUUUGUUUGGUACGUCAAAAACAUUUGUAAUAGUAUAACAAAACUACAUUUUGCCCCAAAUCUCUGUUAUUAUUUGAAUUAAGUGAAGAGAACAAAUUAUCAAAGUGUUAAACUAAAGAAAAAUAUGAAAGAAAUUAUGAACAACAAUUUGUUACUUAGAUUUUUAGAUGACAGAAUGAGAAAAAUGAGGAAACGACAUAGCUGGCUCUAUUCGUAGUUGACAAAAUUCUAUGCGAAAGUUAAAAUGCUGUUGGUUAUACAUAAACUAAAAAAAAAGAGAAUUUAAAGAAAAAAUCGCACGCGCGGCGGAACUUCUCACUCGAAACAUUUUAAUGACCGCCCUUAACGUGCAAGCUCGUUCAACUGCCUUCCUUUCUCACUCAAUUGCUUCGCAAAAAAAAUAUGUACGGAAUUUAAAUAAAAAAAGUAUAAUAUUAUUUUUGCAUUGCUUCAGAGGUUUUAGAUUUAUCGUAACUUUUAAUAAUAACGAAAGAAACAAAACAAAACGAUUGGGUUGUUCUAUUGAUUAUUAACUGAUAUUGGAAGAAAAUAUGACGAAACGGGUCUAAUAGGAAUUACAUUAAUUAUUGAGGUGAAUUUAGUGAGAAAUAGAGAAAAUAUGAAAGGAAAGGAGUGUAGAGAACUUUGCUACAACUUAUUACACUUCGUCCAUUUUUUUACUUCGGCUGUGCGACAUCGGACGGGGUCGAAAAUUGUCGUUAUUAACUCAUAAUUUUAUUUUAUUUUUAAAAAUAAUGUUAAUUAAUUUUGUUAUGUUUUAUGGGUUCGUGGGAGAAAAAUCAAUUUGAUUCAAACGAUAUCUCUGUCAAUUAUGAAUUUAAUCUCGUGAAUCAGUGGUUUUGAGAAAACAUCACGAGACGCCUUUUUUUUAUAAUAACCGGAAAAUAUCCCAUAAAAAUGGGCUCAUGAUCAUUUCCUAUCGAAUCACUUAUUAAUGAGAUAAUUUUAUGAUGACUAAGUAGGUGGAAUUUGUGAUUCCAAACUCUACAUCUCCACGAUUACUCUUUUCAUAUUAAAUAGAGACUAUUAUAUCAUUUCAAUUUCCAAACAAAUACAUAAAUCAAUGAAGAAAAUGAAGGGAGUACAGUAGAAAACCCCUUAGCUUAUAUGUCUACGAAAGGAGGAAAUGCUGGAGUGAUAUUAACAAACAAAAUGAAAACCUUCUAGUCUUGGCUUUCCAACGUGUAUAUUUACUAUUUAUACAAAAUACUCUAAAAAUCAAGUUUAUGUACGUUUACCGUACAUAUCUAAUAAAACAUGAAAUCGAAAUGAAAAUGACCGAUCACAUGACUUUCUUCCCACUGAAUUAUCCCCUAGACAAUGUACACAGAACUCUUCCUUCAAGGCUUCUCAUUCUCAAUGAGAUAGAGACAGAAGACAAGUUCAUUGGAGCAAGCAACAGAUUAUGAUCAUUAUCACCAGUUGUUUUUUUAUUUUUAUUUUCAAUAAAUUCAUGUUCUUCA